AUGCCAUCCUACGAACUGUUCUACUUCAACGCGCGCGGCAGAGGGGAGGUCGCAAGAAUGUGCUUUCACUUUGCCGGAGUUCCAUUCAAGGACAGUCGAAUUGCUCAUGAGGAAUGGCGGAGUGUGAAGGGAGAUACUAGCAGUAAGUGUAAUGUUAUAUUAUUAAUCAGAUAAGAAUUGGCAGUAAAAUAUGUGAGCAUAGCUGGCAAAGGGAGGGGCCUCCUUUUUUACGUACCACCUUACCUUUCAAAAACGGCUGCAGCCUGCGAUUUAACACUUUAUACGAUAAAACGUGUCCGGAACUAAACUUAUUGCCUCCGUAUAGAACUAAAUGAGCCGUCAUUGCCUUCUUAGGUACCCUCAAACCUAUAGAGCCAUUAUAGUAAUUCAGUGCCAGUUAGGUAGAAGUCUUUUUUCCUCACUUUGGUUGCCAAGCUUGGGAGCAGUUCGCAGAGUACCUGUGUUGUGGCCAGAAUAAGGAACUUUUUCCAAAAACUCAAUUUCAGCGUCAAAUUGAUGAUAGCGUGGCUAAAUGCCUUGCCACUUUGCGUAGACGGCGCAGUGGAAACAUGUCAAGACUUUUUUGGCACGUCUAGUACAGGGACUCAAAAAACGGAAACUCCUUUUAUGGGUCCUGCCGCAAAAACCAUCUGGUAUAGCCAAUUGAUUUUUUACCAUAAAAUUCUCCGUAUUUAUGCUCGUAUCGAUCGGUUACCAUUCACGCUUUGAAUGUCCAACAGAGGUCUAGAUUUCGGACCUGUUUCGGCAAGAAAGAGGGCAGUAUGAGAUUUUGUGCCACAAAAAAUCUCAUGUUUAAAAGCCUUAGCUUCCCUCGUUUUUUCAGAAUUCCCCUAUGGCCAAAUGCCAUCACUCCUCAUCGAUGGAAAGCCGUUGACCGAGAGUCAUGCCAUUAACCGAUUCGUUGCCAGAGUGACCAACUUGGACGGAGGGUCUGACCCAGUCGAAACAGCGUUCCUGGACCAGGCCUACGAAGUGUUUCGCUGCUUCGUUGACGAAACUUACACUUUCUACAUUACCGCGCUUGGAUAUGCCCAAGGAGACAAGGUAAGAUAUUUACAGUAGGCUGUGAUAGUUUGAGAGUAAUUUCACAAGGAAUGAGGCAGAUAAUAUUGUGCCGUAUUUCAGGACCAGCUCUACAAAGAGCAGUUUGUUCCCGCAGUUCAGAAGCAUUUCCCGAAAAUCAUCGGCCUUCUGAAGCCCAACGGAUUCUUCGGAAACAAAGGCCCAAGUUAUGUUGAUUUCUAUGUCGCCGGAUACAUGGAGUCCUUCUUGAAGCAGGGUUUCGCCGAGGUCAACAAAUUCCCUCCACUUGUGAAGCAUCUCACCGACGUCAGGAACAUUCCACAACUGCAGGAGUAUCUGAAGAACCGACCCGAUACGAUCAGCUAA